AUGUACAACGAUGUUAUUUUGGUUUUACGGGACGGUUGGGGUGAUGCACAAUUUCGAUAUUGGGCUCAGAAGCAUUUUAUACUUGUUAAAAUUGGUGAAACACAUGUUGUACAUACUACUGGAAAAGUUAGCCGUCCGGUUGUUACUUAUGAAGAACUUUAUACAAAAUUAAAUGAAUGUCACACUCGUGUUGGUCAUCAUGGAAGGGAUAAGACAUGGGAAGAAGUGAAAGCUCAAUAUGCUUGGAUACCGUAUGAUGUUGUUAUGAUCUUCAUUAAGCUAUGCAAUUUAUGUAGCAAUCGACAAGUACACUCAAAAUCGUCAUUUAAUAAAUCAGUCAUCUCAGUUGGAUAUUUUACACGUAUUCAUGUGGAUUUUAUCGACAUGAGAUGCCAUCCCGAUGGCAGAUUUAAAUGGAUUUUACAUGUGAAAGAUCAUUUUUCGAGGUUCUCUUGGGCUUAUCCACUUGAAUCUAAAGAAGCCGAACUUGUAGCAGAGAAGCUGUUGAAUCAAUUUUCUUUAUUUGGUGCACCUUGUAUACUUCAGAGCGAUAAUGGAAAGGAAUUCGUAGCUCGAGUUAUAAAAACUUGGGUAGAUUUAGCCAUUUUAAAUGGUCGGAUUCGACAUUCUGAAACACAUCGCCUAAUCGAACGGAGUAAUCGUACACUUGCAAUGGCGUUAUACAGAUGGAUGCAACAUAAUCGUACCGAUAACUGGUCGGCAGCUCCAGUGGUGUACUCAAUAAAUACGACAAUUUGUAAAGUAACAAAUAAAACACCUUUCGAUAUCAUGUUUGGACAACGACAUAGAUCAGAUAUUGAAACGUGGAAGAUGAUUAGUGAAUCUGGUGUAGAAGAUGAGGAAAAUCUUCCUAAUGAUUUCAUUUCUGAAGUCAAUGAAUUGCAAGAAUGUAAUAGGAAUAGUAAUGAAUCAAAUGAUUCAAAUGAUAUUGACAACAACAAUCAACCAAACAUUUUCGAUACUAGUAAUCAAAUACUUGAUGCAACACAUCAACAUCGAUCAUUAGCUUCGUCUUCUACUCAAAAUAUUAACAAUACUGUUACUACUUUUGAUAAAACUCAUGAUGAAACAAAUAUAACCUGUCUUCCUCAUAAUCUGUUCGACUCUGUUGAUAAUCCUACUGCUCAACGUAUUCUUCUUACGAGUAAUAGCGAAAAUAUUCCCCGUGCGAUUGAUGAUACACUUAAUCAUAGACAUCAGGAAGUUCGGCAGAAAACAAAAGCAGAUUAUAUGAAAUCUACUGAUAAAAAACAAAAGUUAAAUGAUAAUACUGUUAAAUAUCCUCAGUACGAGCUGGGAGACUUUGUUGGCCUUCAAGUCGAUCGUGUUCAUGCCACCGACACAACAUUUAAAGUUUUACCAUGUAAAGUAACAUCUGUAAAUUGGUCGUCGAAUGAUUCUAUAAUGUACAAAGUGUGUACUUUGCAAGGUGAAUUAUCAACAGUGUAUGGUGUUCACGAUUUCUUGGAUUUACGAAAAUAUGAUUUUUCUGAUUUACGUGCUGUCGAACCAACAACUCUACCAACAAUUACAUUUACAGACGCGUGUAAAGACUACGUGGCAAUAGGUAUAAAUCCUGUAAUGGAGGCUUGCAACUGUAAUGGUAAAUGUGCUACGAAAUCUUGUCCAUGUAAAUCUAAACAUGUUAAAUGUUGUAUAAAAUGUCAUCCACAAAAGAAACGCAGUUGCGCUAAUAUUUGCGACCAAUAAAAGUACUAAUUUGUGAUUUGUACUUUUCGAACUUUUUAGUGCUAUUUGUUGUAAGAUAAUACUGUUUUGUGCGAUCACUAUAACAAAUAAACAUGGUAGUACAAAACAGAUGUCAGUAAAAAAAACGACAUAAUAAUUAUUCUUUACGAGAAUUUGAAAUUUCCCCGCUAUGUAAAUUACAUCGGCAAUGCUUCACACAAAGCUUAAACGGAACAGUCGAUAUUUCAUUUAGUCGCAAGGGAAUUUUAAGUUUCUAUGGAUUUUAUUAUAAGCUACAACCUCGUCAUUAUAUUUUUCUAAACACACCUGAUGAUUCAUAACCUAAGCAACCAUCGAAAGACGUCGUAGGAUGCUUUAAAUAUCCUUCCUUCCAUAUAUAUAGUCUUUUUGUACAAUGAAAGAUUUGUUACAUUCCAUUCUUUUUCUUCGAAAUUCUUUCAAAGUAUUGGCCUUUUACUAUCCAGAAACUAAAAAUACUUGACGAUCACCCUUAAGAAAGGUUCGAAACGCGUCGUGUGAUGCUCUCAAUGUCAAAAUCUUUAAUAAUAAAUUUAUAUUAUUCUCGAUUUUGUUAUUAUGAAAUAGUUCUAAUACUACUUCAAAUUAUUGGAGAGUUUAUAAUUCUUAUGUAAUAAUAGAUUGUAAACAUGCCUGAUGAUUGAACCCUUAAGCAAGGUUCGAAACGCGUCGUGUGAUGCUCUCAAUCUCAAAAUCUUUAAUAAUAAAUUUAUAUCUUAACAUCAUAUAUUAGGCAAUUGAUAAUGACUACGUGAGUUGUAGUCGAAACCGGUCUUGCCAAUUAUAAUUAAAUUGAUUUGAUUUUCGAAUCAUAUCUUUUUAUUUCAACACACCCAUAUAGUUGGAGAAUCUCUUCUAAAUUAUUGCAAGUUAUUUAUAUUAUAACUUUCUAAUAAUUAUAUAUUAUUAUGCAUACUUCUAGAUUAGGAGUUUAUCUUAACUCCUGACUUUAGCCUUGCAUAGUAGUAGGAGAAAAAUGUAUAUCUUAACAUCAUAUAUUAGGCAAUUGAUAAUGACUACUUGAGUUGUAAUGGAAACAGAUGUUGCCAACUAUAAUUAAAUUCAUUUGAUUUUCGAAUCAUAUCUUUUUAUUUCAACACACCCACACCCAAAACAACAAAAGGUCAUGAAAUAAAAUCGAAUUAAUUAAAAUGAAUAGGACAAAGGUCAAAACAACAAAAGGUCAUCAAAUAAAAUCGAAUUAAUUAAAAUGAAUAGGACAAAGGUCAAAACAACAAAAGGUCAUGAAAUAAAAUCGAAUUAAUUAAAAUAUAUAGGACAAAGGUC